UUUAUGUAGCAACCAACUCUGUUCAAAUUGGUUCAUCUGCGGAAGCCUAUGUUAGUCUGGCAUAGCCAGUGGAUUUAAUUACAAUGCAAUUUAUGUUUCUAUGAAAUAAAAAAUACAUUUUACAUUGAAAUAUGUCGAUUUCAAUGGAAAGUCAACUUCAGUCCAUAUUCGAGGAUGUUGUGAAAACCGAGGUCAUAGAGGAGGCGUUUGCUGGGAUGUUCAUGGACACAGCUGAGUCAGAACGGAUGAAGUUAAUCAGCUGUUUAGGUGCAUUCAGACAGUACUGGAGCACUCUGCCACAGGAGUCCCAUGAGCAGUGUGUUAAGUGGAUUGUCCGGUUUAUCCAUGGACAGCACAGUCCCAAGCGCAUCUCUUUCCUCUAUGACUGUUUGGCCAUGGCUGUUGAGACCAGCCUCUUGACUCCGAGAAUGGUUUGCCAGGCGCUGAUCAACUCUGAGAGCCUGGAGUGGGAGAGGACUCAGCUGUGGGCUCUGACCUUCCGACUCUUUCGCAAAAUCAUUGGAGGAGUGGAUUACAAGGGUGUAAGAGAUUUAUUGAAGACCGUUUUGGACAAAAUCCAGACCAUUCCCAAUGUCGUCAGCUCAGCCGUGGUCCAGCAGCUACUGGCCGUUCGAGAGGUGGUUGAGUACAUACUCGACAGGAAUGCCUGUCUCCUGCCAGCCUACCUUGCUGUGACCGAGAUCAGGAAGCUUUAUCCAGAGGGGGCGCUAUCACACUGGCUUCUCGGUAGCCUGAUUUCAGACUUUGUGGACAGUUUCCGUCCCACUGCAAGGAUCAACUCCAUCUGUGGGAGAUGCAGCCUACUCCCUGUGGUCAACAACUCUGGGGCCAUCUGUAAUUCCUGGAAGUUGGACCCCACCACACUACGCUUCCCUCUCAAAGGCAUGCUGCCCUAUGAUAAGGACCUGUUUGAUCCUCAGACAGGACUCCUACGUUAUGUUCUGGAACAGCCCUACUCUCGUGACAUGGUCUGCAACAUGUUAGGGCUCAACAAGCAGACCUUGAACAUUGCUCAGCACAAGCAGCGCUGCCCGGUGCUGGAGGACCAGCUGGUGGACCUGGUGGUGUACGCCAUGGAGCGCUCGGAGACGGAGGAGCAGUUUGACGACGGCGGCACCAGCCAGCUGCUCUGGCAGCACCUGUCCAGCCAGCUCAUCUUCUUCGUGCUCUUCCAGUUCGCCAGCUUCCCGCACAUGGUGCUCUCGCUGCACCAGAAGCUGGCAGGCAGAGAUCUCAUCAAAGGAAGAGACCACCUGAUGUGGGUGCUGCUGCAGUUUAUCUCCGGAAGCAUCCAGAAGAACGCUCUGGCCGACUUCCUGCCUGUUAUGAAGCUCUUUGACCUGCUCUACCCCGAGAAGGAGUGCAUCCCCGUGCCAGACAUCAACAAGCCCCAGUCCACGCACUCCUUCGCCAUGACGUGCAUCUGGAUCCACCUGAACCGCAAGGCCCAGAGCGACAACUCCAAGCUGCAGAUCCCCAUUCCUCACUCACUGCGCCUGCACCACGAAUUCCUGCAACAGAGCCUGCGCAACAAGAGCCUGCCCAUGACGGACUACAAGAUCGCGCUGCUGUGCAACGCCUACUCCACCAACUCGGAGUGCUUCACACUGCCCAUGGGCGUGCUGGUGGAGACCAUCUACGGCAAUGGCAGCGUGCGCAUCCCUCUGCCCGGCACCAACUGCAUGGCCCAGGGCUCCGUCACUCCACUGCCCAUGAACUUGCUUGACUCGCUGACGGUGCAUGCCAAGAUGAGAGGGGACAGGGAUGGGAGAAUGAAUGCACUGGGGUGUGAAACAGAGAUGUGGAGGUCAGGCCAGCUCCUGCCCAACGUGUUCAAGUCGCACGCCUGGGGCAUCCUGCACACGCUGCUGGAGAUGUUCAGCUACCGCAUGCACCACAUCCAGCCCCACUACCGCGUGCAGCUGCUCAGCCACCUGCACUCACUGGCCGCCGUGCCCCAGACCAACCAGAACCAGCUUCACCUCUGUGUGGAGAGCACUGCAUUGAGGUUGAUCACGGCGCUGGGGAGCUCUGAAGUCCAACCGCAGUUCACUCGUUUCCUGAGUGACCCCAAGACGGUUCUGUCAGCCGAAUCAGAGGAGCUGAACCGAGCCCUCAUCCUCACCCUAGCCAGAGCCACGCAUGUCACAGAUUUUUUCACAGGUUCAGACUCCAUCCAGGGCACGUGGUGCAAGGACAUCCUGCAGACCAUCAUGAAUUUCACGCCUCACAACUGGGCUUCACACACCCUCAGCUGCUUCCCCGCCCCGCUGCAGGCGUUCUUUAAGCAGAACAACGUUCCCCAGGAGAGCCGCUUCAACCUGAAGAAGAACGUGGAGGAGGAGUACCGCAAGUGGAAGUCCAUGACCAACGAGAACGACGUCAUCACGCACUUCUCCAUGCAGGGCUCACCCCCACUCUUCCUCUGCCUGCUCUGGAAGAUGCUGCUGGAGACUGACCACAUCCACCAGAUUGGCUUCAGGGUGCUGGAGCGGAUUGGUGCGCGCGCCCUGGUAGCCCACGUGCGGACGUUUGCCGACUUCCUGGUGUACGAGUUCUCCACGUCAGCCGGAGGCCAGCAGCUGAACAAGUGCAUUGAGAUCCUCAACGACAUGGUGUGGAAGUACAACAUCGUCACACUGGAUCGCCUUAUCCUCUGCCUGGCCAUGCGUAGCCACGAAGGCAACGAGGCACAGGUCUGCUACUUCAUCAUCCAGCUGCUGUUACUCAAGCCCAACGACUUCCGCAACCGCGUCAGCGACUUUGUCAAGGAGAACGCCCCCGAGCACUGGCUGCAGAGCGACUGGCACACCAAGCACAUGUCCUACCACAAGAAAUACCCUGAGAAGCUGUACUUUGAGGGCCUGGCGGAGCAGGUGAGCCCACCCAUGCCCCUGCAGCCGCAGUACCUGCCCAUCUACUUUGGCAAUGUGUGCCUGCGUUUCCUGCCCGUCUUUGACAUCGUCAUCCACCGCUUCCUGGAGCUGCUGCCCGUCUCCAAGUCCCUGGAGACCCUCCUCGACCACCUAGGCGGCCUCUACAAGUUCCACGAUCGGCCAGUGACGUACCUGUACAACACGCUGCACUACUACGAGCGGCACCUGCGCGACCGCACCAACCUGAAGCGCAAGCUGGUGCACGCCAUCAUGAGCUCCCUCAAGGACAACCGCACGCCAGGCUGGUGCCUGAGCGAGACCUACCUCAAGUUCGGCAUGAACCCGCGCGAGGACAACGUCUGGAUACCCGACGACACCUACUACUGCAAGCUUAUCGGACGCCUGGUGGACACCAUGGCAGGCAAGUCUCCUGGCCCAUUCCCCAACUGUGACUGGCGCUUCAACGAGUUCCCCAACCCGGCUGCGCACGCUCUGCACGUCACCUGCGUGGAGCUCAUGGCCCUGGCAGUACCCGGCAAGGAUGUGGGCAAUGCCCUCCUCAACGUGGUGCUUAAGAGCCAGCCACUGGUGCCUCGAGAGAACAUCACGGCCUGGAUGAAUGCUAUCGGUCUCGUCAUCACCGCUCUUCCGGAGCCCUACUGGAUCGUUCUGCACGACCGCAUUGUGAGCGUGAUCGGCAGCCCGGCGCUCACCUCCGAGACGGAGUGGGUGGGCUACCCCUUCCAGCUGCUGGACUUCACCGCCUGCCACCAGUCCUACUCGGAGAUGUACUGCAGCUACGUGCUGGCCCUGGCCCACGCUGUCUGGCACCACUCCAGCAUCGGGCAGCUCUCCCUUAUCCCCAAGUUCCUGUCAGAGGUACUGAAGCCCAUAGUGAAAACGGAGUUCCAGCUGCUGUACGUCUAUCACCUGGUCGGUCCCUUCCUGCAACGCUUCCAGCAGGAGAGGACACGCUGCAUGCUGGAGAUUGGCGUGGCAUUCUACGAGAUGCUCCAAGCUGUGGACCAGCACUGCAAGCACCUGUCCUACAUGGACCCCGUCUGCGACUUCCUUUACCAUAUCAAGUACAUGUUCACCGGCGACAGCGUCAAAGACCAGGUGGAGAAGAUCAUCUGCAAUCUGCGGCCAGCCAUGAAGCUCCGUCUGCGCUUCAUCACACACAUCAGCAAAAUGGAGCCAGCCGCCUCAGUCGCUGCCGCUAACGCAAAUGCUAACGCCCCACAGCCCAGCGCAGUCUCCUCGCCAGCCCCGCAGAGCAACCCCGGGCCCUCGAACGUGCCCCUCUCUGUGGCCCAGUGACUGACAGGCCUCCCCUAGGAUACUUGCGAACUCGUUGUGAGCCAAGAGAACCGCCGGGCGAUCCAGAGCCUUUCUACAUGAAUGAAUUGAUAAAUGGAAUGGCGGAAUGAAUGGGAACUGUUAAGGAAAGUUCCGGUAGGGCUGUCAUAAGUCGCACGGCCGAAAAGACAAUGUGACUGAUUCUGCCUUGGUGCACAAGGUCUUUGGAUUUGCAGUUUUCUGUUACACUUAUCAUCUGGAGAUGUCGGUCACAUCAGUAUGCUCCAAUAAACUGUGUUUGAAGGACGAUAUGAGAGAAAAAGUUCUCAAAUCUGACUUGAUCUCAUUUUGAGGUAUUUCUGUAUAUGAUCAUUUUGUUUUCUAUUAUUAUGAUGCACCUGGCUGUGUUUUGAUGUAAUCUGUUAUCUUUUCCAAGACUGACAAGCCAUGUGCCUUGACAUUUUUUUAGCCUCAGCAAUCAUGAACUUAAUAAUAUAGCCUAUUUGCUAAUGUUGCAGUGUUUUCUCACCAAACAACAAUAAUGCCAAAUAAACACUUUUAGUAUAAA